AAAAAAUGAAAAAAACACACAGAUUAUAAAUCCUCCUUCCUCCCGUACAAGAUCAACGAAACUUAAAACAAACAAAACUCCUCUAGGGUUUCACAGUAAAAAUUGUCAGGUUAUCAAACCAUGCACCGCUCUGCAAUUUCACGCCUUAGAGCUCUCAAGGGUUGUGCAGGCAAUUUGGGAACCACCCGGUAUGCUACUUCAACUGCUGUAGCUUCUAGACCAUCCUCACCAGGCUUCUUUAGCUGGCUGACUGGAGAACAGGCUAGCUCUUUUCCUCCCUUGGAAGUACCGCUUGCUGGUGUUGCCUUCCCACCUUCAUUGCCUGAUUACGUUCAACCAGGAAAGGUUGAAUCAAAAGUUCUGGAAAAUGGUUUGAUGAUAGUCUCGGAAGCAUCAUCGAAUCCUGCAGCCUCAAUAGGAUUAUAUCUUGAUUGUGGUUCUGUCUAUGAGACCCCCAUUUCAUGUGGAACCACCCAUUUGCUUGAAAGGAUGGCAUUCAAGAGUACUAGAAACAGGAGUCAUUUGCGCAUUGUCAGGGAAGUUGAGGCAAUCGGGGGUAAUGUAGCAGCUUCAGCAUCUAGAGAACAGAUGGGGUACACUUUUGAUGCUCUUAAGACAUAUGCUCCUGAGAUGAUAGAGCUGCUUAUUGAUUGUGUAAGGAAUCCUGUCUUCUUGGAUUGGGAAGUUAAUGACGAGCUGAAAAAGAUGAAAGUUGAAAUUGCAGAGCUCUCUAAAAAUCCCGAAGGCUUACUGCUGGAGGCUAUCCAUUCUGCUGGUUUUCUUGGUCCAUUGGCGAAUCCUCUUUUGGCUCCAGAAUCAUCACUAGAUAGACUGAAUGGUGACAUUUUAGAGGAAUUUGUGGCUAAGCAUUACACAGCUCCUAGGAUGGUCCUUGCUGCAUCCGGUGUUGAAUUUGAGGAGCUUAUCUCUGUUGCGGAGCCACUGCUUUCUGACCUCCCACGGACUCCACAGACUGAUGAGCCAAAAUCUUUGUAUGUUGGAGGGGAUUACCGCAAACAAGCUGCUUCACAGAUGGCACAUGUUGCUCUAGCUUUUGAAGCCAGUGGGGGAUGGCAUAAAGAGAAAGAUGCUAUAAUGCUGACUGUUCUUCAGAUGCUUCUGGGAGGAGGUGGCUCAUUCUCUGCAGGGGGCCCUGGAAAAGGGAUGCACUCACGACUUUAUCUCCGUGUCUUGAGCAAGCAUCCAGAACUCCAAUCGUUCUCUGCAUUCAACAGCAUCUUCAAUAAAACUGGAUUGUUCGGCAUCUAUGCUAGCUGUGGCCCAAACUUUGUGCAUAAAGCAGUUGAUUUAGCAGUGGCGGAACUAAUUGCUAUUGCUACACCUGGACAAGUUACCCAGGAACAGCUUAAUCGUGCUAAAGAGUCCACAAAAUCUGCAGUUCUGUUUAAUCUUGAAUCUAGGAUGAUUGUAGCCGAAGAUAUUGGGAGACAGUUUUUGACGUACGGAGAAAGGAAGCCUGUGGAACACUUUCUGAAGGUUGUGGAUGAAAUCACAUUGGAUGACAUUACUUCCAUUGGAUGCUCGCUGAUAAGGUCACCUCUAACAAUGGCAUCUUAUGGGGAUGUCCUUAACGUCCCCAGCUAUGAAAGCGUUAGCUCCAGGUUUGAACGGAGAGGAAAGUAAGAAGCUGUACUAUCGGCCAACAUCUUUGGACCAAGUGACCACGUUGGAGCCCUUCUCAUUUUGUUUCAUUUGUUGAAUAAAGGAAUAUGGUAAAGAAACUGGUCCAUAUGAAUAGGGAGAAAUACAAUCCAUGGAAAACUAUAACCAUCAGAUUUGUAAUGACCUGUUGGGAAUUUGGAUGGAUCGUGAGUGUUCAUGAUUAUUGAUCAUGUAAAGUUUUGGAUAUUAGUUUUCUUCUGUCCCCUUAAUUUUACUUCAAAUGGAAGUGAAGGAAAUUGAGCUAUGAUUUGUUAUUUACAUAUCCCAAAUAAAAACUCACGAUCUUGUCUCUGUGUU